AUGCCAUUUCAUCUGAUCCUAUUUUUGCACCUUGGAUUGCUCAGUUACUUGAAUGCUCAAGAUGAAUGCAGUGGGGGUGCUUGCCAUCCUACCACUGGCAAUCUCCUGGUGGGGCGCAACGCUCAGCUGACGGCUUCUUCUACCUGUGGGCUGGACCGAGCCCAGAGAUAUUGCAUCCUCAGCUACCUGGAGAGGGAACAAAAAUGCUUUGUCUGUGAUUCCAGAUUUCCAUAUGAUCCAUAUGCCCAACCCAACAGUCACACCAUUGAGAAUGUAAUUUCAAGUUUUGAACCAGCCAGAGAAAAGAAAUGGUGGCAAUCUGAAAAUGGUCUUGAUCAUGUCAGCAUCAGAUUGGAUCUAGAAGCAUUAUUUCAGUUCAGCCAUCUUAUAUUGACCUUCAAGACUUUUCGGCCUGCUGCAAUGUUGGUUGAACGUUCCACAGACUACGGGCACACCUGGAAAGUUAUCAAAUAUUUUGCAAAAGACUGUGCCACUUCCUUUCCUGACAUCACAUCUGGCCAGGCCCAGGGAGUCGGAGACCUUGUUUGCGACUCCAAAUAUUCGGAUAUUGAACCCUCAACUGGUGGUGAGGUUGUUCUAAAAGUUUUGGAUCCCAGCUUUGAAAUAGAAAACCCUUACAGUCCCUACAUCCAGGAUCUUGUGACACUGACAAAUCUGAGGAUAAACUUUACCAAACUCCAUACCCUUGGAGACACUUUGCUUGGAAGGAGACAAAAUGAUUCCCUUGAUAAAUACUACUAUGCUCUGUAUGAGAUGGUUGUUCAGGGAAGCUGUUUUUGCAAUGGCCAUGCUACUGAAUGUGGCCCAGUGCAGAAGGUGCGGGGAGAUGUUUUCAGCCCUCCUGGAAUGGUUCACGGUCAGUGUAUCUGCCAGCACAAUACAGACGGCCCGAACUGUGAGAGAUGCAAGGACUUCUUCCAGGACGCUCCUUGGAGGCCAGCUGAAGGCCUCCAGGAUGGCACUUGCAGAUCGUGUACCUGUAACGGCCACUCCGAGCGCUGUCACUUCGACAUGACCGCGUACUUGGACAGCGGCGGCCUCAGCGGGGGCGUGUGCGACAACUGCCAGCACAACACGGAGGGCCAACACUGCGAGGCCUGCAGGCCCUUCUUCUACAGGGACCCCCUCAAGGCCAUCUCGGAUCCCUACGCCUGCAUUCCUUGUGAAUGUGACCCUGACGGGACUGUGUCUGGUGGCAUUUGUGUGAGCCACUCUGAUCCUGCCUUGGGGUAUGUGGCUGGUCAGUGCCUGUGUAAGGAGAACGUGGAAGGAGCCAAGUGCCACCAGUGCAAGCCCAAUCACUAUGGACUGAACGCCACGGAUCCCCUGGGCUGUCAGCCCUGUGACUGUAACCCCCUUGGGAGUGUGACAUUCUCAACCUGUGACGUGGAUACAGGCCAAUGUUUAUGCCAGUCAUUUGCCACCGGGCCACGCUGUGAAAAAUGCACUGUUGGAUACUGGGGACUAGGAAAUCAUCUCCACGAAUGUUCUCCCUGUGACUGUGAUAUCGGAGGUGCUUAUUCUAAUGUGUGCUCUCCUGAGGAUGGGCAGUGUGAAUGUCGCCCCCACAUCUCUGGUCGCAGCUGCACGGAACCAGCCCCUGGGUACUUCUUUGCUCCUUUGAAUUUCUAUCUCUAUGAGGCUGAGGAGGCCACACCCCUCCAGGGACUUGCACCUUUGGGUGCAGCAACUUUCGGCCAGGCUCCUGCUGUUCACAUUGUUUUCCGAGAGCCAGUUCCUGGGAACCCUGUUACAUGGACUGGACAUGGAUUUGCCAGGGUUGUCCCUGGGGCCGGCUUGAGAUUUACCGUCAACAACAUUCCCUUUCCCAUGGACUUCACCGUAGCCAUUCACUAUGAAACUCAGUCGGCAGCUGAGUGGACUGUCCAGAUCGUGGUUAACCCCACCGGAGGGAGUGGACACUGCACACCCAAGACCCUAAAGCCGCAGUCUUUUGCCUUACCAGCAGCUGCCAGAAUUGUGCUGCUUCCCACACCCAUCUGUUUAGAACCUGACAUACAAUAUUCCAUAGAUGUCUAUUUUUUUCAGCCUUUGGAAGGACAGUCCCAUGCUCAUUCACAUAUCCUGGUGGAUUCUCUUGGUCUUAUUCCCCAAAUCAAUUCAUUGGAGAAUUUCUGCAGCAAGCAGGACUUGCAUAAGUAUCAGCUGUACAACUGUGUUGAAAUUGCCUCUGAAACAGGACCUCAAGUUCUUCCUGAUACAUGUGAGAGACUUAUAGUCAGCAUGUCCGCCAUGCUCCACCAUGGGGCACUCUAACCGCCUUCCUUCUGCAAGUGUCACCCACAGGGCUCAGUCGGGCCCGGCUGCAGCCGGCUUGGAGGCCAGUGCCAGUGUAGACCCGGCGUGGUCGGGCGCUGCUGUGACAGGUGCUCAGCAGGAAGCUACGGCUUGGGGCAGCAUGGUUGUCACUCGUGUCACUGCCACCCUCAAGGCUCAAAGAACACUUUAUGUGACCAAAUAACCGGACAGUGCUCCUGCCACGGAGAGGUGGCCGGCCGCCGCUGUGAUCGGUGCCUGGCAGGCUAUUUUGGAUUUCCCAACUGCCGUCCUUGCCCUUGUAAUGGGUUUGCUGAACUUUGUGACCCAGAGACAGGGUCAUGCUUCAAUUGUGGAAGUUUUACAACUGGAAAAAACUGUGAAAGGUGCAUUGAUGGUUACUUUGGAAAUCCUUCUUCUGGACAACCCUGUCGUCCUUGCCCGUGUCCAGAUGUUCCCUCAAGCAGUCGGUAUUUUGCCGGUUCCUGUUAUCAGCAUCCUUGGAGCUCAGAUGUAAUCUGUAAUUGUCUUCAAGGUUAUGCAGGUAUCCACUGUGGUGAAUGCUCUCCUGGUUUCUAUGGAAAUCCAAGAAUUUCAGGAGCUCCUUGUCGUCCAUGUGCCUGUAAUAACAACAUAGACUUAACUGACCCGGAGUCCUGCAGCUGGGUAACGGGCGAGUGCCUGAGAUGCCUGCACAACACUCAGGGGCGGAACUGCCAGCUCUGCAAACCAGGUCACUUUGGAUCAGCCCUCAAUCAGACCUGCAGAAGAUGCUCCGGCCAUCCUUCCAGCGUGAUUCCCACUGAGUGUCGCCCUGGCAGGGGAGCUUGCCUCUGUGACCUUGCCACUGGCCCAUGCCCUUGUCUGCCAGAGGCUCAGCCCUGGCCUGUGACCUGUUGUGCUCAUGGACACUGGAAUGUGGAGUGUCAGUUAUGCAGCUGUGACCCUCGAACCUCUCAAAGUAGCCACUGUGACCAGUUUACAGGCCAAUGUCUGUGUAAAUCAGGCUAUGGUGGGAAACACUGCAAUGAGUGCAAGGAAAAUUAUGGUGAUCCACCAGGGCAAUGCAUUUCAUGUGACUGCAACCGAGAAGGUACCCAGGAGCCCGUGUGUGACCGGGACACGGGCGUGUGCCUCUGCAGGAUGGGUGUCGGUGGCCAGCGAUGUGACCGCUGCAUCCGGGGUCACGGCCGGGAAUUCCCUUCUUGUCUUCCGUGUCACUUGUGCUUUGAUCAAUGGGAUCACACCAUUUCUUCCCUCUCCAAAGCGGUGCAAGGGUUGAUUAGGCUGGCUGCUAACAUGGAAGAUAAAAGAGAAAUCCUGCCUGUCUGUGAAGCAGACUUCAAAGGCCUUGGGGAGCACAUGUCUGAAAUAGAAGGGAUUUUGAGACAUCCUGUUUUCUCAUCUGAGGAGUUCUUAAAAGUCAAGGAUUAUCAUGACUCUGUCUGGAAACAAACCAUGCAGCUAAGUGAGCAAAUGAAAACAGUAUAUGAAUUUCAAAAUCUGAAACAAACAAUAGAAAGAAUAAGGAAUGAAGCAGACCUCUUGGAUGAAGACUUUCAGAAAGAAAUUCAUUUGCACUCCAAUGCCCAUAAUGCAAGCAUCAUGGAUUACUCAGAGAACAUCAAGAAGUAUUAUCAGAUAUCAUCAUCUGCUGAAAAGAAAUCAAAUGAAGCUACUUCCAUCAUAAAUAACUCUGAAAAUACCAGGAAUGACUUACUUACCAUCUUAGAUACACUAACAGCAAAAGGAAACAUGUCUUUGGAAAAAUUAAAGCAGAUUGAGAUACCAAAUAUCCAAAUGUUGAAUGAAAAGGUGUGUGGAGGACCAGGGAAUGUGCUGUGUGAGCUCGUGCACAGUAGGGGAGUGCUCUGCACAGACCCUGAGGGGCACAGACACUGUGGGGGCCCAGACUGUUGGGGCACCCUGGCCCUCUCAACGAACGCCCUCCAGAAGGCCCAAGAAGCAGAAUCUGCAAUUCCUAAUUUGGACAACCAGACUGCAGAGUUCAAGAAUCAGAUGAACAAUAUAAAAAACAUAAGAAAAUUGGCAGAAGUCUCUGCAACUAAUGCCUUACAACUAAGUGAGAAACUAGGGGAUAUGAAAAACCGAAGUGAAUCUAAAGAAGAAAAAAUGAAUCUUUUAAUCAAAAAAAUGAAGAACUUCUUAUUAGAGGAAAAUGCGCCUCCGGAGGACAUAGAGAAGCUUGCAAACCAUGUAUUUGAAAUCUACCUACCAAUUACUUCACAAAAUCUAACCAAAGAACUUGACAAAAUAAGGAAACUUAUGCAACUCUGUGAGGACUACAGGACAGAUGAAAACAGGCUAAAUAAAACAGCAGAUGGAGCCCAGAAGCUUUUGGUGAAGGCAAAAUUAGCUGAGAAAGCAGCAAAUGUUCUAGUAAAUCUUGACAAAUUGUUGAACAAGUUGCAACUAGUUCAAAUCACUCAAGGAGGGGCAAAUUCUACCAUCACACAGCUGACUGCUGAGAGAGCAAAAAUAAAAAAGAACACACUGCAGGCUGAAAGUCAAGUCAAGGAGGCUAAGAAGGAGCUGGACCUAGCUAACGAACAGUCAGAGCUGGAGGAUGGGCUUUCCCUGCUUCAGAUCAAAUUGCAAAAGAAUCGAGACCAAGCAAUUAGUGCAAAAGCUCAGGCUGAAUCUGCCCAACGCCAGGCUGGGGAAGUUGAGAAGGAGUUUGUUGAGCUAAAAAACCAAUAUGCUAUUCUUCAACAUAAGACAAGCACUACAGGACUGACAAAGGAAACUUUAAGAAGAGUGAAACAGCUAAAAGUUGUGGCAGAAAAAUUGGCUGGAGAUACAGAGGACAAGAUCAGAAGAAUAACAGAUUUAGAAAAGAAGAUCCGAGAUUUGAAUCUAAGUAAACAAGAAAAAGCUGAUCAGCUGAAACAGUUGGAAGAUCAGGUCAUUGCCAUUAAAGAUGAAAUUAUUGAGCAAGAAAAUAAAUACGCUACCUGCUAUAGUUAAGCAGAGUUAAGUGCUGAAGACUGUGCCUCCCUUACUGACUUCUGAUGUGCAAACACGCAGGGCUGUGCUGAACUUGUGGAACACAAACCGCCCAUCUCUUCUACCUUCCAUUCCACACACCUUCUCCUUGCUGCAGAUCAGCUCAGUGUGGCUGGAAGGCAGAACUGGGGUCAGGGAA